AUGGCGGGACAUACGAGUCUCCACCCAAGAUUGCCCGAGAGCAACGCGAAGGGCCAUGUCCUCCGUUGUCCGGAGGUUCUAGUCGACCCAUCAUCCUCCGAUCUGGAGCCGGGCCUGGUGGUGGCUAGGAGACAGAGAGGAAAGAGAAGAAGAGGAGAGGCGGAGAGUCGCUUGCUGCUAUCUUCAGAGAUCGCCUGGGGGCUUGGAUCGUUUGACCUAUCCAUCCACACGGCGUUUCGAAAACCAUCCCCAUGGCUCACUACAAAGAUGAUAUCAAGUAUGAAGAGAACGACUUCACCAUCCAAGAUGGACGAGGUGAAAUUUCCGUUACUGUCAGCUAACAAACUCCACGCAAAUUCAGACACCGCCGCGCGACUGGUGCACGCCGGCUACGCCGUCCACGGGAUAGACCAGGAGGGCCACGGCAAGUCCUCCGGCUCCAAGGGCUACAUAUCGAGCUUCGGCGACAUCGUCAAGGACUGCUCCGACUACUUCAAGAGCGUCUGCGAGAAGCCGGAGAACAAGACGAAGAAGAGGUUCCUCUACGGCUUCUCCAUGGGCGGCACCGUGGCGCUGCAGGUCCACAGGAAGGACUCCAUGUACUGGGACGGCGCCGUCUUGCUCGCUCCCAUGGUCAAGCUUGGCGAUGGCAUGCGGCCUCAUCCGGUGGUGGUGAGCGCUCUGAAGAUGAUCUGCGCCGUCGUGCCAAGCUGGAGGGUCAUCCCGGCUCCAGAUCAGCUCGACAAAGUCUGCAAAGAUCCCCAGUUCAAGAAAGAGAUUCGUUCCAACCCAUACAUGUACAAGGGAAACAUGGCGCUGCAGACAGGCCACGAACUCCUCGCGGUCAGCCUAGACAUUGAGAAGAACAUGCACGAGGUCACUUUGCCGUUCUUGGUGCUGCAAGGGGAGGACGACGUGGUGGCCGAUCCUGAGGGGAGCAGGCUGCUACACGAGAGGGCAUCGAGCAGGGACAAGACCUUGAAGCUGUACCCCGGGAUGUGGCACGUUCUCAUGGCUGAGCCGCCGGUCGAUGUGGAGCGGAUCUUCACAGACGUGAUUUCGUGGCUCGAGGAGAGGGCGGCGAGCGCCGGCAGGUGA